AUGGACCAAAUAAUUAAUAACCCGCAUUAUACACGAGCCCAAACACUUCAUGAAUUUACAGUGAAGGACAUAAAGGGUAACCUUGUUAAAUUAGACAAAUUUAAGGGAAAUGUCUGCAUAUACGUAGACACUGCUACAAAUUCACCCUUCACUGAUAUGCACUACUCGCAAUUUAACAAUUUAAUGGAUAAGUUUGCAGAUACCAACGGAUUGAGAAUAUUGGCGUUCCCUUGUAAUCAAUUCGGCAUGGAGCCUGGUACACCGGAAUCCAUAGCCGCUCACGCCGAGAAGCAUAACGUCAAAUUCGAUAUAUUUGCUAAAAUCGAUGUUAAUGGAGAAACAGCUUGUGAUGUAUGGAAAUUUAUGAAGGCAAAAGUACCUGGUGGUGCUCACGGCAACAUGAUAAAAAGUAAUUACACAAAAUUUAUUGUGACCAAAAAGGGUAUGCCUGUAGAACGACACGGGCCAGAAGUGCAACCAGUAGAAUUCGAACAAUUACUGAACCCUUACUGGUGA